AUGGAGAAAAAUCCUUUUUUCACGCCACCCUCUGAGGAUAGCCACAUAGCUUAUAAUGACCUCUCUAUGGAAGCAGAAGAUAAUCCCAGCAGUGCAGAGAACACUCUAAUCUAUCAAAGUGCGGAAAACUCACCCCUAGACAUAAGCGGUAUAAACCCCGAAAGUGCGAUCAACACCAGCGAAAGUGCGAGAAACGUAAAUAGUAGUGAAACUAAAAACAGUGAAAAUUGCGAUAGUGAGGUUAACCCUAAAAUAGACAGUGAACGCACCUUUAAAAAUUUCGAGUCCGCGUAUAAAACCCUGCUGAUGCCGAGUUCGGUUACGGCAAGAGUGUUAAACUUCGGGACGGACUUACAUUCUACGACCUCCAGUGAAGAGGAGGAAGGUAUCGCCCCCGAAAACUCUACUCCCAAAGAGGAAAACAUCUCUCCUCCAGAAACAGUAGAAGUUGAAAAUGACGGGGAAGACGAGUCAGAUAAAGACAACUCAGAAUUUCAGAAGCCAAGAAAAUUUAAAAAAUUCAAAACUAACUUUAUGAAACUUCUGGAAUGCAAAGCUACAGCAUCAAUACCACUAAGCAACAAAUACGACUCCCUUAGUGAAAGUGAAGCAGAACCCGAGCAAAACACCGUAACAGCUCCCACAAAUAAAGGUAAAGCCACCCCCAACUUCCCAAUCAAGGGUAAUUCCACGAAAAGCAGCAUAAUAAUAGACAAAACGGCACCGAAAAUAAAUAAAAUGUCCUCUAUCCCUCCUAUAGUGGUAGAAGGCCGAACAGACAAUCACGCAAGCCUAACUAGUGACCUCCAAGCAAUAAUAAAAAGGAAAUAG